GGCGCCGUGACGAUAAGCAGUCAGCGGAGAAGGAUGCUCUGUAGUCUGGUGCGCACAUUUCUGUCCCCAGCUCUCCACAGUCACCAUGGAGGAGCCUAAUUAAAUGCACAGACUCAGUGUGUGUGUCGCUGCUGCUCCGGAUGGGGCGAGCCGAUGAUUUUUAUUUUUAUUUUUUAGGAUUUGCAAGCGUUUCUCGCCCUGUUUGAAGCCCGAGCGGAGAGGACCGCAGCGGAUUUGUGAAGUCUUCAAUUAAAAAGAGGCAAAUUAUGCCAGCAGCAUCAGAGUCGCUCACCCUGGUGCUGUGCCAGCUCACUGGUCAGACUACUCUGCCCUUCACUUGCCUCCUCGUCUGCCCUGGCAGAUCCAUGCUGCUGGAUGCUCCUCAAAGAGCCACGCCCACAUCAUGAGCACCAACGGGCCUGCCCCAGAACCAGCCCCAGAAGUACCUCCCCUCUCAACCCCCGCCCCAGCACCGGCCCCUACUCAGGCCCCUGCCCCGGCCCCACCCCCGCCCGCGCCCGCGCCGCCUGCCCCAACAUCCUCUACCAUACCGGUAGGCGCGUUAGCGCAGAAGAAGCGGCAGCAGUAUGCCAAAAGCAAGAAGCAGGGUAGUAACGCCAACACCAGGCCACAAAGGGCUCUGUUCUGCCUCAACCUCAACAACCCCAUACGCAGGGCCUGCAUCAGUGUGGUGGAGUGGAAGCCAUUUGAUAUCUUUAUAUUAAUUGCUAUUUUUGCCAACUGUAUGGCCUUAGCUGUCUACGUCCCUUUUCCUGAAGAUGAUUCCAACUCUACAAACCACGAUCUGGAAACAGUUGAAUAUGCCUUCCUCAUCAUUUUCACUAUUGAGACCUUUCUGAAGAUUAUUGCUUAUGGUUUGGUGAUGCACCAGAAUGCAUAUGUGAGAAACGGCUGGAACAUGCUGGAUUUUGUCAUUGUGGUUAUUGGACUCUUCAGUGUUGUCUUGGAAUUUUUGACCAAAGAUGAGAAGGAUGAAGGUGACGGAGCCAGUAGCCAUCCGCCGGUGCAUGGCCACGGGGGUAAGCCCGGUGGAUUUGACGUUAAAGCCCUUCGAGCCUUCCGUGUGCUGCGACCUCUGCGGCUGGUCUCAGGAGUACCCAGUUUACAGGUGGUGUUGAACUCCAUCAUUAAAGCCAUGGUUCCUCUGCUGCACAUUGCCCUCCUUGUCUUGUUUGUCAUCAUCAUCUAUGCCAUUAUCGGCCUGGAGCUUUUCAUCGGUAAAAUGCAUGCAACCUGCUAUAUAGGUGGCACAGAUUUGAUAGCAGAGGAGGAACAAGCUCCCUGUGCGAUCUCAGGGCACGGGCGCCAAUGCCCCAUCAAUGGCACACAGUGCAGAGAAGGCUGGCACGGCCCCAACGGGGGCAUCACCAACUUCGACAACUUUUUGUUCGCCAUGCUGACGGUGUUCCAGUGCAUCACCAUGGAGGGCUGGACAGACGUGCUGUACUGGAUGAACGAUGCUAUGGGCUUUGAGCUUCCAUGGGUGUACUUUGUCAGUCUUGUGAUCUUCGGCUCCUUUUUCGUUCUCAAUCUGGUUCUGGGUGUGUUGAGCGGAGAGUUCUCCAAGGAAAGAGAGAAAGCUAAAGCUCGAGGAGACUUCCAGAAGCUGCGUGAGAAGCAGCAGCUGGAGGAGGACCUGAAGGGCUACCUGGACUGGAUCACGCAGGCCGAAGACAUCGACCCUGACAACGAGGACGAGGCGGACGAGGAGAGCAAGCGCAACCGGGUGACUCUGGCUGACCUCACUGAGAAGAAGAAAGGAAGGUUUGGGUGGUUCAGCCAGUCGUCCGACACUCAUGCGAGUGUUCCUGCCAGUGAAACAGAAUCUGUGAACACAGAGAAUCAAAACGGGGAGGAAGAAAAGACACCCUGCUGUGGACCCUUGUGUCAAAAAAUCUCGAAGUCAAAGUUCAGUCGGCGCUGGCGCCGCUGGAACCGGUGCUGCCGCAGGAAAUGCCGUUUGGCUGUGAAGUCGGUGCCUUUUUAUUGGCUGGUCAUCAUCUUGGUGUUCCUCAACACGCUCACCAUUUCAUCAGAGCAUUACAACCAGCCUCUGUGGUUAACAAAAGUGCAGGAUGUGGCGAACAAGGUGCUGCUGGCCCUUUUUACGUGUGAAAUGUUAGUGAAGAUGUACAGUCUGGGACUACAAGCCUACUUUGUGUCCUUGUUCAACCGCUUUGACUGCUUUGUGGUGUGUGGAGGAAUCACUGAAACCAUUCUGGUCGAGCUGGAAAUCAUGUCUCCUCUUGGGAUUUCUGUGUUCCGCUGCGUCCGUCUGCUGAGGAUCUUUAAGGUCACACGGCACUGGCAGUCUUUGAGUAACCUGGUGGCAUCCCUGCUCAACUCUAUGAAGUCCAUUGCUUCUCUGCUGCUGCUCCUCUUCCUCUUCAUCAUCAUCUUCUCCCUGCUGGGGAUGCAGGUGUUUGGUGGAAAGUUCAACUUUGACGAAACUCAGACAAAGAGGAGCACUUUUGACAACUUUCCCCAAGCCCUUCUCACUGUGUUUCAGAUCCUGACCGGAGAAGACUGGAAUGCUGUCAUGUAUGAUGGGAUCAUGGCGUAUGGAGGUCCCUCCUCCUCUGGGAUGAUCGUGUGUUUUUACUUCAUCAUUCUCUUCAUAUGUGGAAACUAUAUCCUCCUGAAUGUCUUCUUGGCUAUUGCUGUGGACAAUCUGGCAGAUGCAGAGUCUCUCAACACAGAUGAAGGAGACAAAAAAGGGGACAAAAAGGAUGAUGACAAAGAUGAAAAGGAUGAUGAGGAUGAGGACAAUGAUGACAAUGGAGCAGAUGAAGAAGACCCAGAAGUUCCAUCGGGUCCUCGGCCGGCCAUCGCUGACCUGGUAAAGAAGGAAAAGAUCAUUCCCAUCCCAGAGGGAAGUGCCUUCUUCAUCUUCAGUAACACAAAUCCGGUGCGGGUGUUUUGUCACCGACUCAUCAAUCACCACAUAUUCACCAACCUCAUCCUGGUGUUCAUCAUGCUCAGCUCGGUGUCGCUCGCUGCCGAAGACCCGAUCAGAAACUUCUCUGCCCGCAACAUUAUACUUGGUUACUUUGACUAUGCUUUCACCGCUAUCUUUACUGUUGAGAUCGUGUUGAAGGUCCUAGGCUAUGCAGAUUAUGUCUUCACUAGUAUGUUUACAUUUGAGAUCGUAUUAAAGAUGACAACAUAUGGAGCUUUUCUCCAUAAAGGAGCAUUCUGCAGGAAUUACUUCAACCUCCUGGAUCUCUUGGUGGUCGGGGUUUCUCUUGUCUCCUUUGGCAUUCAGUCUUCGGCCAUCUCUGUGGUGAAGAUUCUUCGAGUUCUUCGUGUGCUUCGACCCCUGAGGGCCAUCAAUAGAGCCAAGGGCCUUAAACAUGUUGUUCAGUGUGUCUUUGUGGCAAUCAGAACCAUUGGCAACAUCAUGAUCGUCACCACUCUGCUUCAGUUUAUGUUCGCUUGUAUCGGUGUGCAGCUAUUUAAGGGAAAAUUUUACCGUUGCACAGAUGAGGCCAAGUCCAGUCCAGAAGAAUGCAAAGGGACAUACAUUCUGUAUAAAGAUGGGGAUGUUAACCAGCCGACGAUCCACAGGCGGGUGUGGCACAACAGUGACUUCAACUUUGAUAAUGUCCUCAUGGCCAUGAUGGCCCUAUUUACUGUGUCCACGUUUGAAGGCUGGCCAGCGUUGCUGUACAAAGCCAUUGACUCCAACAGGGAGAAUCUGGGACCCAUUUACAACUACCGUGUGGAAAUUUCUAUCUUCUUCAUCAUCUACAUCAUUAUCAUUGCUUUCUUUAUGAUGAACAUCUUUGUGGGUUUUGUUAUCGUCACAUUUCAAGAACAAGGAGAGAAGGAGUAUAAAAACUGUGAACUUGACAAGAACCAGCGUCAGUGUGUGGAGUAUGCUCUAAAGGCCCAUCCCCUGAGGAGAUAUAUUCCCAAGAACCCAUACCAAUACAAGUUCUGGUAUGUGGUGAACUCCACUGGCUUUGAGUACAUGAUGUUUGUGCUCAUCAUGCUCAACACACUUUGCUUGGCUGUGCAGCACUAUGGCCAGUCAGCACUUUUUAAUUAUGUAAUGGACAUUCUCAAUAUGGUCUUCACUGCUGUAUUCACUGUGGAAAUGGUUCUCAAGCUCAUCGCAUUCAAACCAAGGCACUAUUUUGCUGAUGCUUGGAACACAUUUGAUGCCUUAAUUGUUGUUGGUAGCGUCGUCGAUAUUGCUAUCACUGAAGUCAACAAACUUGUAGAGCCAACGGAGACUCCUCAGGUGGAUGAGAUGGGGAACACGGAGGACAGUGCUCGCAUCUCCAUCACCUUCUUUCGCCUGUUUCGAGUCAUGCGGUUGGUCAAACUCCUCAGCAGAGGAGAGGGUAUUCGCACACUGCUGUGGACUUUCAUUAAAUCCUUCCAGGCUUUGCCGUAUGUCGCUCUUUUGAUAGCGAUGUUGUUUUUCAUCUAUGCUGUUAUCGGCAUGCAGGUUUUUGGAAAGAUUGCCAUGGUCGAUGGCACUCAAAUUAACAGAAACAACAACUUCCAGACCUUCCCCCAGGCUGUGCUCCUCCUUUUUAGGUGUGCCACAGGUGAGGCGUGGCAAGACAUUAUGUUGGCCUGUAUGCCGGGGAAACUGUGUGACCCAGAGUCUGACUACAACCCCGGGGAGGAGAUGACGUGUGGCAGUGGAUUUGCAAUAAUUUAUUUCAUUACCUUCUACAUGCUCUGUGCUUUCUUGAUCAUUAAUUUGUUUGUGGCCGUCAUUAUGGACAACUUUGACUAUCUGACACGUGACUGGUCCAUUCUUGGUCCUCACCACCUCGAUGAAUUUAAGAGGAUUUGGUCAGAGUACGAUCCUGAGGCAAAAGGAAGAAUCAAACAUCUAGAUGUGGUGACCCUGCUUCGUCGUAUCCAGCCCCCUCUAGGUUUUGGUAAACUGUGUCCUCACAGAGUGGCCUGCAAGAGGCUGGUAGCCAUGAACAUGCCUCUCAACAGUGAUGGUACUGUCAUGUUUAAUGCUACAUUAUUUGCCCUGGUGCGCACAGCUCUGAAAAUAAAAACCGAAGGUAACCUGGAGCAGGCCAAUGAAGAGCUGCGGGCUGUAAUCAAAAAAAUCUGGAAGAGAACCAGCAUGAAGCUCUUGGAUCAAGUAGUGCCUCCUGCUGGUGAUGAUGAGGUAACCGUGGGGAAGUUCUAUGCCACCUUCCUGAUACAGGACUACUUUAGGAAAUUCAAGAAACGUAAAGAGGAAGGCCUGGUGGCUGCACACCCUUCCCAGAACAACACAGCCAUUGCCCUACAGGCUGGCCUUCGCACGCUGCAUGAUAUUGGGCCAGAAAUUCGCCGAGCGAUAUCAUGUGACCUGCAGGAUGAUGAGCUAGUAGACUUUAUUCCAGAGGAAGACGAGGAAAUUUAUAGGCGUAAUGGCGGCCUCUUUGGUAACCACCUCAUGAACGGCGGUCAUCGGCGAGCCAACGGACAUCCAACCAACACCACACAGCGCCCCCUGCAGGUGCAGCCUCCACCUCACUAUGCUCACAUGGAGCAGCCAGUGGGGCGUCUUUCUCGAGCCAAUGCAAUGGCUCACCCCAACCACCAUCAUCACCAUCACCACCAUCACCACCGCCACCACAACUCUUACGGCAAAUCUCCUAAAUCCACCAACAUCAACUUGAACAACGCCAACAUGUCCAGUCUGCCCAACGGAGGACACCAUAUCUAUUACGAACGCGCCCCUCCUAAUGGUUACCCAGGUUUACGCACCUCCUAUUACGACUACAACAAGCCCCGAACGCCACAGGGUCAAAGAAGGCGCUACUAUGAGACGUAUGUUAGGUCCCAGAGAGGAGAUGGCCGUCACCCCACCAUCUGCAGGGAAGAGGAGAUUGAUGAGGACCGCUUCUCUGGGGAAUAUUACAGCGGGGAGGAGUUUUAUGAGGAGGACAGUAUGCUAUCAGGAGACAGGUAUCAGACCAGUGACACAGAGUAUGAAACUCCUAAAGGCUACCAUCACCCUGACAGUUACUAUGAUGAUGAUGAGCAGCCUCUCUACCGGGACUCACGGAGGUCACCAAAGAGAAGACUGCUUCCUGCCACACCUCAAGGGCACAGAAGGCCUUCCUUUAACUUUGAGUGUUUGCGCAGACAAAGUAGCCAGGAUGAGCUUCCACAUCAACGUACUGCUCUACCACUACAUCUUAUGCAGCAUCAGGUUAUGGCUGUAGCAGGCCUGGACUCCAGCAGAGCCCACUGCCUUUCCCCUACCCGCUCCACUCGCUCCUGGGCCACACCUCCCGCCACCCCAGCCAGUAAAGACCAGUCGCCAUACUACACCCCUCUCAUCCGUGUGGACCGUGCACACAGAGAGAGCAUCUCUGGCAGCCAUGUGUCUGUGCGCAAGAGCUCCUGGUACACAGACGAUCCAGACUUUUCCCAAAGGACAUAUUCACCCAUCCACCUGCAGGUGCCCCCGGAGUACCACAACCAGUACCACCAGAAGAGAGGCAGUGCAACCAGCCUUGUAGAAGCGGUUUUGAUAUCAGAGGGGCUCGGGAGAUACGCCAAGGAUCCCAAAUUUGUUGCUGCCACGAAGCACGAGAUAGCAGAUGCAUGUGAGAUGACAAUAGACGAGAUGGAGAGCGCAGCCAGCCACCUGCUGAGUGAAGGGAUCGCCCCUGGCAUUAAUAGGGUCAACGUGUUUCCCCUUCUGAACCACAGAGACUACGAGCUGCCGGACAACGUAGCCAGUUACAGUGACGAGGAGCCAGAGACAGAACCCAGAGCUCCUUACGAGGAGGACCUGGCAGAUGAGAUGAUCUGCAUUACGACUUUAUAGCAUCAGCCGGAUAGAUCUGCAGAUCUGAUAGGAUAUAAUCGAGAACGUAAAACAUUUUUAAAUAAGAAAUGCAUCUGUUGGCCCCGACCAAAAGAAGUGCCUUUUACACAGAGCAGAAACAGGCACACAGAAGGGAGAAGCUCCACAGAAGUCCUGAACGUUGAAUACUCCUUCUGCCAGCAGAGGAGACAAGAGCAAAGCACUGACUGAAACUCUCUGUCUAAGAUCUUCACCUGGAGGAAAACAGCCCGCAGCCAAUUAGAGGCCAGGACACUGAUGCCAGGGAGAGAGAAGAGCCAGAGCUGGCAACGGUGUGAGACACUCUACAGGGCAGGUCUCAGGGUGAUGACAAUCAGCAGUAUGAUGUCAUUACCUCAGUCACUUUAUUAAGGUUUGGCAUAUCAUGCAAGUUUUCAAUGCAAGCGUAGUGAGGCAUAUCUAGUUAUGUAGUCUUUAGGAGAAAGAAGAGCUUGAUAUGUUUGUUGUUUGAGCGGCUGUCUUAGGAUCGCUGAAGCUAAUCGAAAAUGUCUAGUCGUAACAGAUUAUGCAGGAAUUAACUGUCAUUCUUUUAGCAUCAUUCAACUUGAGUUGUGUGUGUUUAAAGAAACUAAAGCAUUAGGGGUAAAUGCACUAGCAGGCAGGUUAUUUUAAACGUUUAAGAAUAGCCUGAUUAAUAUUUCCUAGUUGAUAUGCUGUAAAUUGUAUAACAUAACAAGAGAAACUUUGUAAAGAGAUAACUAUAUUUUGUAAUUAUGUAUCAUUUAAAAGAUCAGCAAUAUGAACCCUUGUGACUCCUGUUAUUCUAUAAAAGGAAACUUGCAUAAUUUUUAAUGAGGUACUUUGAUAUUUAAACACCUUUCUUGUUUUUUUGCCAGUACGGCUCUUUAUUUUGCCUAUGAAACAAUUUUAGACAUUUUACUAUCGUUACACACCUGCACAGUAUAUACAAAUGACUUCUUAAAAUGGGGUAACAUGUUGGUUUUUGCAAAGCGGGGCAUUUUCUGCAGACAAACCUCUAGUGUGCGAGUGAUACAGCUAUCUGAGGAAUAUGUUUAUUUGGAUAUUUUGUGACGUGUGUACACGAAUUUAAAUGCUUCCAUGCAUAAACAUUGCUGCUUCCUUGGUUGGUUUUUGAAUGAAACUUUAGUUUGUCAGGCCCAGAUGAAUUGCCUUUUUUUGCUGCUGAAAGAACUGAAAUGGGAUAAAGUGAUAUUUGUGAGACUCGUGCUGGGAUUUUUCCCAUAACACGGUCUUGAAUGAUAAUGGCACUGGUUUAAAACUCCAUACUACUCAGUGACUCCUCUGUCUUUAUGUAGAGUGUCUUGCAAAAAUCUAAAUACAGUAUAUUAUGAAUGUUUUACAUUUGGACACUUUUCAACCAAAAUACUCCAUAUUUUCAAUGGGAUUAUAUGUGAUAGACCAGAUAAUUGUGAAGUGGAAGAUAAAUUAUACAUUGUUUUCUUUUUUCACAUAAAGAUCUGAAAUGUAUGGCAUGCAUUUAUAUUUAGAAUCAAUACUUUGUUGCAAAACUUUUCACUGUAAUUAGUGUCAAGUCUUUACCAGCUUUCCACAUCUAGAAACUGAAAUGUUUGCCAAAUAUUCUUAUUAUUCUUUACAAAAUAGAUCAGUCAAAUUCAAUUUACAGUGUAUCUAAACAUUAAUGUUAGUUUUGCCAUAGAAUCUCAAUUGGAUUUAAGUCUGGACUUUGACUGGACCAUUCUAACACAAAAAUAUGCUUUGAGUUCAACAAUUCCCUGGUAGUUCUGGCUGGAUGUUUAAGGUCACUGUUCUGCUGGAAAGUUAAUUUGUGCCAAGUCUUUUUAGUCUCUAACUACUGUUUUACAACUAUUGCCCUGUAUUUAGCUGCCUAUCUUCCCAUCAGCUUUAACCAGUUUCCCUGUUGAUGCAAAAGAAAAGCCUCCCCACAUCAUGAUGGUCUCACCACCUCAUGUCUCUGUGGUGAUGGUGUAUCCAAGGUAUCUGCAGUGUUGGUAUACCACCCCUCACACCGUAACAAAUAGGACUUAUUAUGGCUUUCUUUCAACAAUGGCUUUAUUCUUUUUAUUCUUCCAUAAAGGUUAGAUUUGCUCCGUUCAAAACUAAUGAGCUGUGUAUUUCUGCAGAUCCAGUAGACUAACCAUGGGAUCUAGGCUGCUUCUCUAAUUAAUGCUCUACUUGCCUAUCAGCUAAAGUGGACUGCCAUGUGCUGGUAGGUUUGUAGUUGUGCCAUAUUGUUUCAUAGUCAGAUGUCAGUGAGACUUCCUAAGCUUGUUGUUUUAUAACCUAACCAUGUUUUAAAAAUUUCCACAGUUUUAUCCCUGACCUGUCUUCUGUACUCCUUGGGCUUCAUGAUGUUGUUUGUUUACGGUUUUAAGGAAACAGCUGGAAUUAUGCUGAGUUUAAAUUACACACAGAUGGGCUCUAUUUACUACUAAUAGGUGACUUACAAAGGCUUUUGGUUGCUCUAGAUCUCUUAUAGGGGUAUCAGAUCAAAAAAAGGUAACUAUUCAGGAUUUUCUGAUUUAUACGUUAUAUUUAUGUUGCUCUAUCACAUACAAUCCUAAUAAAAUACAUUGGAGUUUGUUGUUGCACUGUGACAAAAUGUGAUAAAUUAAUGUGGGUACGAAUACUUUUUCAAGACACUGGGUUUUGUGAGAGCUUGAAGUGUGCGGCUGCCUCCUGCAGCCACUCAUCCAAAGGUCACUGCAGCGUGUGUUCACGGUGGAACAGCAGGGGGCGUCCUGGUGUCAGAAAGGUUGGGAGGUGCAAAGCAAUACAAACUUGUCCAUACAACUUUCUCUGUCUGCCCACCUGGUUUCCUGCAUACAGUUUAUACCUCGUUAGGCUACUGUGACAACAUAUCAUUGCGUCAGCAUAUCUGUUUGCACAGUGUGGAGACUUUAAUUGAGAUAUCCUGGGGUUUAACCUGAACUGUGUGUUUUCUCCUUUCAAAAGCUCAACCUUUUCCGUGUUUCAUGAGUUAUAAUUUCCAAAUCCAUUACAUACUGGACUUAAUAAAAUAUAGCGUUUCUUUCAAGUAUCAAAACAGAGAUGAACUUUCCACAGAUAAUGUUUAAGGGUACUAUGAUCUGUUGCUCAUGAGCACAUGAUUUGUAGGUGGGUGUACGCUCAAUCUGAAUGCUGUCUUGAAGGUUGAGGUUUUCCACUUUGUGUGCACAAUGAAAGGGCUUUUUGAAUUGUUUGUGAGUUGAAAAUAAAAAUGUGUUCUAGUCCUUUUUGUUGAUGGCUAAAAGGACCAAUGCACAGAAAAGGCACAUUGUACUAUUUGUAGCAAUUACAGAACUAAUGAACUGAAGAUAUGCAUUAUUUUCUAAAGACUUUUAAAAAAUUGUUUUGAAACUAAAGAUAAAGAGAACUUACUUUUACCUCAUGUCAGGGAAUUCCUGAGAAAAGAAAAUUAUUUGGUUAAGUCUAUACCAACGGUAUUUAAAUAUUAGCACAUAACUGUUUGUCUUUGCACAAGUAAAAGUAUAGUGCUUUUCAUUUCUCCUUUUUCUAAACAGAUUUGUGUAUUAAAGUGAGACAAUUUUUUGUACUUUUUGUGAUGUAUGGUUUAGUGGAAUCUGUAUCUGUCAUUUACACUUCACCUCUAAAUGCUGGGAAUGAAAGAGUAUGAAAAAUAUUUUCAAGGUGCACUGUUCCUCUGUUCGGCAGGUAUGAAAAAAAAAUUGACAAAAUACCAGUUUACAGAGAAACACAUAUUCAUUUAAACAUUUUUCUUAGUUUUUCUUUAUCCUGUUAUGAUUAUUAUUCUUACUAUAACAACUAUUAAUGUUCAGAAAUCUGUAUUAAAAUAGAAGAUAAUGUAAAAUAUGUACAAACAUAUGGGAUGACCCAUGGUAAUGUUCUCUACUUGAAAGUCUUGACAUUUGUUUAAAUGUUUUUAUUCAUUAAAACAUACUUUAUCUCAGUAGCACAUGCUUUAAUACAUAUAGAAAAUCCUCUAGAUUUUGUAUCAAUGCAUUUUUUUGUAUUUCUUUUUUCAUUUUAUUUUGGCCUUGACUUCAUUUGAUAUUUUGUUUUCUAUCAUCAUUAAAUAAAUUUAUGCUGAAUUAAUGUUUUCAAUCA